AUUUACAUGUACAUCCAGCCAGGCAAACCUGCUAGAUGGAUAUAGGACGCAGAGGUGUUUUUCUUUUCCACUGCCAUUUGCCGUGUUGAGAGGGGACUGGAGAAGAUUCCCAUUCAAGCGUGGGACGUGGACGCCGGGAAUCGGACACUGAGAGCAGUCACUGGGCUUCUGCAGUCGAACGCCAAGUCCAAGGUUGACUCUGAUAUCUGGCAUUCAAGAUGGCGGUCCUGGAAGCGGCCGAGUUUGGCCACAGCGACUUCAUCAUGAUGGAGGACCUGACGGAGAAUGCGUUUAUCGAGAAUCUCAAACUGCGAUUCUCCAAGGAUCGCAUCUAUACAAACAUCGGCGAGACUGUUGUAUCCAUCAACCCCUACAAGUCGCUUGGCAUCUACUCCGAUGAGACGGUUGAGGAGUAUCGCGGCAAGGCCAUGCUCUCCGCACCGCAUCUCUUCUCGCUGGCCGACAGUGCAUACCAGGCCAUGUGGAGGCGCUCCAAAGACAGCUGUGUCGUCAUAUCCGGCGAAUCUGGCGCAGGCAAAACCGAGGCAAGCAAGAUUGUCAUGCGCUACAUCUCCAAGGUAACGAACUCCGCUCACCAGUCUGAGGUAGAGCGUGUGAAGAACCUGCUCAUCCAGAGCAAUCCUCUCCUCGAGGCAUUCGGCAAUUCCAAGACAAACCGCAACGACAACUCGAGUCGAUUCGGCAAGUACAUGGACAUCAACUUUGAUUUCCGUGGCAACCCGGUCGGCGGACAUAUUUCCACGUACCUGCUGGAGAAGGCACGGGUCAUCACACAGCAGAGCGGCGAGCGGAACUUUCACAUCUUUUACCAGAUCUUGAGUGAUGCGUCGUUUGCGUCAUCCUGCGGUCUGCCGAGCUCCCCUAAGGAUCUGGACUACUUAAAGCAGGGUGACUGCUCGCCCGUGAAGGGUGUGGACGACAAACGUCAGUUCGCUGAAACCAAGGAGGCAAUGAAGGCAGUUGGGUUCAGUGGUGAAGAACAGACAACGCUGUUUGAACUGGUGGCUGUGUGUCUGCUGCUGGGACAACUGGAGUUCUCCUCGACCGACAAUGGACUCGGAAGCAAAUUGAACGAGGACGGAGCUGCAUCUCAGGUUGCCAAGCUGCUUCACACCGACGUGGAGUCAUUACACCGGGCAUUGACGUUACGUACGAUCGCCGGCAAGCAGGAAACGGUCAAGGCAUGCCAGACGGCAGCGCAGGCUAAGUUUGCCCGCGACGCACUCGCCAAGUCUCUGUACGACAGUCUGUUCACAUGGCUGGUUGCCCGUAUAAACCGCUCCGUCGCAGCUACCUUGGACCCAGGCAGUAAGGGAACAGUCAUUGGCGUUCUGGAUAUCUACGGCUUUGAGAUAUUCCAGUCCAACAGCUUUGAGCAGCUGUGCAUCAACUAUUGCAAUGAGAAGCUACAGCAGCUGGUCAUCGAGCUUGUUUUGAAGCGAGAGCAGGAUGAGUACGCCAAGGAGGAGAUUCCCUGGGUCAACGUUGAUUACUUCAACAACGAGGCUAUCUGCAAUCUCAUCGAGGACCCAACUAAGGGUAUCAUUGCUAUGCUGGACGAGGAGUGUUUGAGACCGGGCACGCAAGAAGACAAGAACAUUUUGGUUCACAUGAACAAGGUUCUCUCCAAUCACAAACACUUUGACAGUGCCAAGACACCUGGUGCAUCCAGCAAGCAACUGGACAGAGACACCGAGUUCCAGAUAAGCCACUAUGCUGGCAAGGUGGUCUACCGCGUAACCGGGUUUGUCGACAAGAACAAGGACACACUGUUUCAGGACUUGAAGAGACUCCUGUACAGCUGUGACAGGCAGAUGCUCAAAGACAUGUGGCCUGAGGGUGCUAGCUCUGAAAGUGAGGUGACCAAGAGACCACACAGCACUGCGACCGGAUUCAAGUUGUCCAUGGCAACGCUGGUGGACACACUGGCAAGCAAGGAGCCGUACUACGUACGCUGCAUCAAGCCGAACGCAGCGAAGGCCGCUGGUGAGUUUGACUUGGAGCUGGUGGUGCACCAGGUUCGCUACUUGGGACUAAUGGAGAAUGUGCGUGUUCGCCGCGCUGGCUACUCCUAUCGACAGAAGCACGAGCUGUUCCUUGAGAGGUACAAGAUGCUGAGCAAGGAGACAUGGCCACGUUGGAAGAAGGACAGCAAAGCCGGGUGUGAGGCCAUUGUCAAUGCUCUCAAGAUCAAUAGCGAGCUGACGAUGGGCAAGACCAAAGUGUUCAUCAAACGUCCCAACACCGUCUUCUCACUGGAACAGAAGCGGCUAGCGGAAAUGCCCAGAAUGGCAACUAUCAUACAGACGGCAUGGCGCGCCUGGUUGGCAAGGAAAUACUUCCGACGUCUGAAGGCCAUCGUGUGUAUCAAGCGCAGAUACAAGUCGUACCGCAACCGCCUGUUUUUCAGCAAGGUGAACGAGACGUUCCGCGAUGUGCGUCUGCUGCCCGACCUGGGCGUGUCGCUGAGCUGGCCGGACGCACCGCCUGUCUUGCAGCAAGGCCUGGCCAUGAUGAAGACCAUACACAAGUACUGGAGAGCUAGGAUGGUUGUCCAGCGACUGACGCCGGCAGAACAGGAGCAUGUAAAGAUGAAGAUCAUCGCGGCGGAGUUCUUCGGUGGUGGCAAGAUGGAUAACUGGGGAGUCUCGGCAACGUGGCCUGGCAAUGCUCUGGCCCAACCUACCAACCCACUCUGUCCCAAGUUCAAUGAACAGGCUGCUGCUCUACGCUCUCAGUUUGGUGACAACACAUUCAUCUACUCGGCGACGGGGGAGAAACUCGGUCGCAACAUGAAGACAAGCAGCCGUGCGUACGUGCUGUCUGAGGCCAAUCUGUUCCGACUGGAGCUGCCGGAGUUUGCGGUGAACAAGAAGAAGCCGCCGUUGUCGUUGCAAACGGUCACCGGCGUCAGUGUGUUCAAGAACGGUGCACCGGGAAUGGUCGUGCACUUGAAGGACCAUGCGGAAGGUGACCUGGUGUUUGCGCUGGCCAAUGGCCGCCGUGUUGCCGAGCUGCUGGCAGUUCUCUAUCAGACCAUUCUGCGCAAGCAAGGCCGCAAGAUCGCUGUCACAAUUUCCAAUGAGCUGACGUUCGUAGUCGAGGGCAAGAACCGAACACUGGACAGCGAACCGGCCGCCACCGGCACACCGCUGUCGUUCAAGAAGGUGUCGGGCGUCAAGGCAACCCUGGUAUGGCCGAAGUAGUCGGCCGGUCACGACGAGCGAGCGAGCUCAAAAACGAACUCCGAAUACAGUGCAGAGCAUGAUUUUCAGCACAGGCUGAAAACGCCUGUAUUUCAUUUUGCUGCAUACAACAUACCAUGCAACUCAUAAAGUUUAUGGUAGCCUUUCAAGUAAGUUUGUUCAUUGCUAAAUUCAAAACUCGGAAUUCUUCACAAUAUUUUUAGACCCUGUGGCUAACAAAAAACUGUGAAUUAUACUUUUUGUAAGCAAUAGAGAAAUCCGUUUAGUCUCGUUACCCCUUCAGGAGUGCAAAGGAAGGAAUGGCGAGCGUUAAAUGUGCUUCAUGAUAAUCUCCCGAUCACUUUGGCGCGACGAAUCUGCCGGGAUAGCUGCUAAUGCCUCGCUUGCACUGCGUACACAUUUUGAUAGGUAUAUUCUGCUAAAUCUCCAUCUAAACUCUCAUGUCACGUAGAUUCUUGCAAUCAUUAUUCUCAAUCGAGAUUCUAAAAAUUUCAAUUUCGAUCCUUAAAUAACUCGAGAUAGAUUCUAAGAGACUAAUUGUUUUUAAGGCAAA